AUGUCUCCGACUGCUAGCACUGGACGGGAGAAGGAGUCGAACACCGCACGACUCCUGGGCUCCGGCUCCGCUGGUAUCGCUGAAUUAGCCGUCUUCCACCCCGUCGACACCAUCGCGAAGCGCUUGAUGAGCAACCAGACCAAGAUCUCCGGCGCCGAACAGCUCAACAAGGUCAUCUUCAAGGACACGGCUACCGCGACAGCGGGCCGCAAGUUCGUUUCGCUCUUCCCCGGUCUAGGAUACGCUGCCGGCUACAAGGUCCUCCAGAGAAUAUACAAGUAUGGCGGUCAGCCCAUUGCCAGGGACUUUUUGGCCAAGAACUACGGCGAGGACUUUGAGCGCGCUUUCGGCAAGAAGACCGGCAAGGCUAUCAUGCACUCCACCGCCGGCAGUUUGAUCGGUAUCGGAGAGAUCGUCCUCCUUCCCCUCGACGUUCUCAAGAUCAAGAGACAGACAAACCCCGAGGCGUUCCGCGGCCGUGGCGUCUUCAGAAUCGUCGCCGACGAGGGCUUCGGCCUGUACAGAGGUUGGGGCUGGACUGCCGCCCGCAACGCUCCUGGUUCCUUCGCUCUGUUCGGUGGUUCCGCCUUCACGAAAGAGUACCUUUUCAAGCUUGAAGACUACAACAAGGCCUCGUGGUUCCAGAACUUCAUCGCUUCCAUCGCCGGUGCCUCCGCCUCCCUCCUCGUCUCCGCUCCCCUCGAUGUUAUCAAGACCCGUAUCCAGAACCGUAACUUUGAGAAUCCCGAGAGUGGUUUCAAAAUUAUCUCCAACAUGAUGAAGAACGAGGGUGCCACCGCUUUCUUCAAGGGUUUGGUUCCCAAGCUCCUCAUGACUGGCCCCAAGCUGGUCUUCUCCUUCUGGCUUGCACAGACCCUCAUUCCCGCCUUCGACGGCAUGCUUAAAUAA